AUGCUGCCGACCCUCACCCUCCUCCUGGGGCUGCCCCUCGCGCUCACCGCCGAGCCCCCCAGCUGCACCACGAUCGUCCCGGUCACCUUCGACAAUGCCACCAUCCCUGGGAUCCUGGGACAGUGGAUCUACAUCGCCGGCGCCUCCAAGUACCCACCUCACCUGGAGGAGCUGAAGGCGAUAAAGCACGCGACUUUUUCCUUCUCUCCUGGCAGCCACGAGGACGAGCUCAACGUCACCGAAAUCAUGAGACUGAACGAGACGUGCGUGGUGGAUAACACCAGCAAGGUCCAUGUCUUUCAGCACAACUCCACCCUGAUGCACGUCAAUGGGCAGGUGACUUCCAUGGCCAAGCUGAUCCAAAGUGACAAGGACCUGCUGAUCAUGAAGCACCUCAAUGCCAACUUCCCAGGUCUGAGCCUCUCAGCUCGGACGCCCAAUGUAAGCAAGGAGCACCUGGAGGAGUUCAAAGCCCAACUGCACUGCCUGGGCUUCACUGAGGAUGAGGUGUUCUUCAUGUCUGAAAAGGUCUGA